GGACGUUGUGAGCUAGGAUUUAGUAUCGAGGGGUUGGAGGACUCUGCACAGCGUGUGCACAAGGAAAAGGGACAGGAGACUAUAGUUGGGACCAAGUGUGUAACAAGAGGGUGAAGUGUAGCCAGUGGCUGAGGCCACUGCGAGUGUAGCCAUGUGCAUGCAGUGGUACUAGGGAAUAUCCAGGGGCUGGAUCCUGCAGUGAACUGGAUCGCGCAGCGGGGAGUGUGUGUGUGUAGCCAGGGGUUGGACCCUGCAGUAAAGUGUGUGUAUGUGUGUGUGUGUUUGUGUAGCUGGAUCACGCAGCGGGGAGUGUGUGUGUGUAGCCAGGAGCUGGACCCUGCAGUAAAGUGUGUGUGUGUGUGUGUUUGUGUAGCUGGAUCGCGCAGCGGGGAGUGUGUGGCACACACACACAGGCUCAGAAGCUGCCCUAGGAGGAGGGACCCAGCGCUGGAUCCCCGGGACAAUGCCCGAUCUCCUCAGCCUGCUGCCGGCCGCGCUGUGCCUUUUCCUGGCCGGGUGGCUGCUGCGGCUCCAGCGCUGUCCCGCGGCCGGGCCGGGCGGCAGCUGCCGCCGCUACUCGGUGCCCGGGCGCGGCUUCCACCUGAAGAAAUGGGCCCUGUGGGGGAUUCUCUUCUUCGCCUUCCGCCGGCGCCGGAGAGAGCGCGGCGGCGCCGCCCGGCGGGAGCCGAUGGGCUCAGGAGCCGGCCAGGGGGCGCUGGAGCGGCUGCAGGGACUGGUCUGCCAUGCCCAUGCCCUGGAUUCAGUUUACUUCACUGGGUUUACAGAAACCGACAAGACUUUUGUGAUCACUCGUCUUGGAAGACGUCCAAAUGGGCUCUGUGAAAUGUGGCUCUUCCUCCGAGUGGAUGGAAUUGGAGAGUUUGAACACCCAGUACAUCCGGACAUGAUGGUGCGCGAUGAAUCUGAAAAAUGCUGGCGUGGCGAAGGGCUGAUGAUUGAGUGCUUAGAGCCACACAGACGCUGGAAAAUAACAUUCAAUGGACGACUCAGAAAGGGACCAUAUCGGCAUCAGUGGAAUGAAGAGGAGGGCGAACUUGUCCACGUUAAAUUCUCUUUCCACUGGACUUCCUUUUCAGAUAUAUUUGACUUUAACCUUGACAGCCACCCUAAAGUGUUUGCACAUGCCAUUGCUUUGGAAAAGUGGAGUGCAGAAUUCUUCCGAAGAGUCAAAAAAGAUGGGGAACAACAUUCUCGUUAUGAACAAUGGGGCCAGUCUAUAGGAGAAAUUGAAAUUGAAGGUCAUGAGAAGAAAGAGGUUUCUAUGAGAGGUGUUCGGAGCCACUCUUAUGGCAUCCGAAACUGGGCUGAGAUUUACCGAUAUGUCAUGAUUUUGAUGCAUUGUGAGGGUGGGACGUCAGCACACUUAACUGUUGUUUCCAUUCCAGCAACUACAACACAUCUUACUGUAGGUUAUGUUCUUUUCCCCGAUGGGAAGAAGGCUGGCAUUGACUGGUCCAAUGCCUCACUGGCUGAAAUGGCUGAUGAUGGUAUUAUCAGAGAUUUAUACCAAGUCAGUUUCACUGCAGGUGGCCAGUUCUUUGAGGUUCGUGCUAUACUUGACAAGCAGGCUCGCCCUGUGAUAUAUAAUGGUUUAACCGGAGAAGGAGUAUUCCAUGAGUGCAUUGCUGAUUUCCAACUGAAUCAAACAGUCCCAGGCUGGGGCUUGGUUGAAUUUUAUUACAGAGAUACACCUGGGCAGCUCAUUCCUAAUUCUGGCUCUAGGUGGAAGGAGCCGUCCGUUCCUGCCAGCUCCCAAUUCUCUGAAGAGCACUCUCAAUGCAUCGGGGACGUGGCAGGCAAAGGAGCCCAGCUAGGUCAGCUCACAUAGUUACAGAAGCAGCUCUGGAACAAGGUGGACCCCAUCUCUGCUUAGCAGUCCUUCUUCCUGGAACAGCAUCCCAGGGUCAAGGAAGCCGAAGCUCUCCUGAUGACACCAUCAUCGCAGCCAGGAAUUCAUCUCCAGGAUGUGUCUGUCUCUGCCGAGGCCCCUACCCUUGACCAGAAGGAUCAACGAGAACACCACCUGUGCUCCCAAUUCCUUCACCCUUACUCCCAGAGCCCUGUAGUCACUUCUGAUCUGCUGAGGGUCAUACCUCGCAGUACCAUUAGUGCCCACAUGGAUGAGUUGCACGGGGUAGUAGUCGGAGGGCCAGAUGAUCCUUGACAAUCCCUCCGACAAUCUCCUUGAUUUCUUUGUCCCUAGAAGUCAUUACAAAAUGGGCACAGAACAUUUUGUGGUAAACUACCCAGAUUUGUUAGUCUGUCUACAAUUGUACCAGAAGCAGAACCAGAAAAAGUAAGAGACAAUGACAGCACUUCUUUAAAAGGGAAAGGAGUACUUGUGGCACCUUAGAGACUAACCAAUUUAUUUGAGCAUGAGCUUUCGUGAGCUACAGCUCACUUCAUCAGAUGUUUACUGUGGAAACUGCAGCAGACUUUAUAUACACACAGAGAAUAUGAAACAAUACCUCCUCCCACCCCACUGUCCUGCUGGUAAUAGCUUAUCUAAAGUGAUCAACAGGUGGGCCAUUUCCAGCACAAAUCCAGGUUUUCUCACCCUCCACCCCCCACACAAAUUCACUCUCCU